AUGGCAGCAAAUAUCUGGAUGCCCCCUUUCCCCGGCCCACAACUGCUGCUGGGCACCCUACCUUUACUGGUGCUCUCGGAGUCUGGGUCUCGCUCCCAUGCUGGAACGAUGCUUUUCAAAAUGCUCUCCUCAGUGGCGUUUAUUCUCGGGCCGCUUCUCACAACCUCGACUGAAUGGUCCCCGUAUCGCCUUUCAAUUACCACCGGUCUUUUCUUCUCCCUCGUUGGAGACUUCUUCUUGCUCCCUUCCCGCAGUGAAUUUUACGAUCCACCAUCCCCAGACCAGAAGAAAGGGGAAGUUUCAAUCUCCUUCCAACUGGGCGUCGUCGCAUUCGCAUUGGCUCAUAUUGCCUACAUUGUCGCCUUUCUCCGAGCCAGUCAAGGCAUCUCAGCAAACACCCUUGCAACCACAUUCAUCGCGACUAUGGUCCUUGCAAAGUGGCUCGGUGUGAUCUACCCUCCUGAAUCUUCAUCACCAUGGAGCAACCUGCUCAGCCUCAGCAUUGCGCCCGAUAUGAAGCCUCUGGUUCUGGUAUAUGCGUUGAUCAUUAGCGCGAUGUUCGCCGUUGCACUGGCAACUACUUUGCCAAUGUCAGCCAGCACUUGGCUGUCCCAACGCGCGUUUGGGGCGGCGAUGUUCGUGAUUAGCGACCUCUUUGUGGCCAAAGAUGCAUUUGGAAAAUCGUCCGCUACUCGAAAGCGAGGCUGGCUUCAAAUCGCAGUGGGAUAUGGGCUGUACUUCUGGGGGCAGAUGGUCAUAGCAGGGACGGUAGAAGGGGGUAUAGUGUAG